AUGGUAAACAAGGAUAGUCAUAAGUUCAUGUAUUAUUUCUUGGCCUUUGGUGCUUGCAUUAAGGGAUUUGCCCAUAUGAGAAAGGUAAUUGCGGUUGAUCGCACUCAUUUACAUGGUAAAUACGAGGGCGUGUUAUUGGGUAUUGUUGCACAAGAUACAGAAAAUCAUGUCUAUCCAAUUUCUUUUAGUAUCGUGGACAAAGAGAAUGAUGCAUCUUGGACAUUCUUCUUUGAGAAAUUGAAGGAGAUUGUGGUCGAUGAACCAGGUUUGUGUUUUAUCUCCGAUAGACAUAAAAGCAUCGCCAACGGUAUUGUGAACGUUUACAAUCAUGCUCACCACAUAUAUUGUAUGAGGCACCUCAGUGAAAAUCUCCGUGUAAAUCACCGUGUAAAUCAUCAUUGUGGAGAUUACCUUUAUCUUUACUACAAUGCGGCAAAGGCUUAUUCCUUGGAGGAGUUUGACAAUCAUUUUGUAGAAUUCAAGAACAAAUGUUCUGCGGCAGCCGUCGUCCUUGAGUAUGAUAAUGUUUUUGAGAAGUGGAGCAGGGCCCAUUUUCCUGGCAAUAGAUAUGAUGUGAUGACCACAAAUAUCGCCGAGUCACUCAAUGUUAUGUUGAUAGACGAAAUGGAGUAUCCCGUGGCAUCAAUAUUUAAUUCGAUUGCUAAGAGGUUUAGAGAAUUGUUUAGGGAGAGGCAUGCAUAUAUCCUCAAAUCAAUGGGUGUUACUGCCUAUGUGGACCUACUAGAAAAGUCAUGUUCUUGUAGAGAAUAUGACUUGAUCAAGAUACCUUGUUCUCACGUGAUGACUUCUUUGCGAUCAAAGCAUGACAAUGAGUAUGGUCUGAGCAUUUAUGAGUACUCUUCGCCUUUGUAUAAAGUUGAAUCAUACCUCCUUGCAUACUUAGAUUCUAUUAAUGUUGUCCCUCUCGAGUCGAAAUGGUGUGUGCCAGAAGAAUUGCUUAAUGUGAAGAUUCUUCCGCCUCUUGUUGAUACCAAGCUUGGAAGAAAACGAAAAAAAUGUGUCAAAGGUGUAGGUGAGAAUUUCAAAAGCAAGAGAAGGAACAAAUGUUCAAUUUACAAGAGAACCACAUGUGUGAACAACAACAAAUCUUAA